AUGAGUGCUGAAGCAGAUUGCCAAGAAGUGGGCGACUCACUCCAGUCUAUGAACAUCCGAACGGAAUCCACAGAUUCAGAUGAACAAGGCAAAAACGUAGAAAAACUCAAAGUGGACAUACUCCUGAAGCCGACUGGGAAUGCCCCCAUCAUGAAGAAAAAGAAAUGGACUGUAGAUAGUGACAAAAAAAUAGGUUGGAUUAUAGAGUUCAUCAAGAAAUACUUGAAACUAGAAUCUAAUGAGAAACUGUUUUUGUAUGUUAAUCAAACAUUUGCACCAUCUCCAGAUCAAGUUAUAAGGAACUUGUAUGACUGCUACAGUACCGAAGGCAAAUUAGUUUUACAUUACUGUAAAACACAAGCUUGGGGAUGA